AUGGAUGCUCCCAUCACCCACUCCUCAUGCCAGAGCUUCGAGCAGUUGAGGCAGGAGUGCCUGCGGAAGGGCACGCUGUUUGAGGACACAGAAUUCCCGGCCAACAGUUCCUCUCUCUACUACAGCAAGGAGCCCGAGAGCCCCGUCGUGUGGAAAAGGCCAGGGGAAAUAGUGAAAAACCCAGAAUUCAUUCUCGGAGGGGCCACCAGGACUGACAUCUGCCAAGGGGAGCUUGCUGACUGCUGGCUGGCAGCUGCCAUUGCCUCCCUGACGCUCAACGAGAAAGCGCUGGCCAGAGUGGUCCCCCAGGACCAAAACUUUGGCUCCGGUUAUGCUGGGAUCUUCCAUUUCCAGCUCUGGCAACACAGCGAGUGGGUAGACGUGGUGAUUGAUGACCGGCUGCCCACCUCCAAGGACCGCUUGAUCUACCUCCACUCGGCCGACAACAACAAGUUCUGGGGCGCCCUGCUGGAGAAAGCCUAUGCCAAGUUGAAUGGGAGCUACCAGGCACUGGAGAGGGGCAGGACCAUCGAGGCCAUGGAAGACUUCACUGGGGGUGUAGCUGAGACCUUCACAACCAAAGAGGCUCCAAAGAAAUUCUAUGAGAUUCUCGAGAAGGCCUUGAAGAGGGGCUCUCUGGUGGGCUGCUCCAUCGAUGCCAGAAGUACUGCAGAGUCCAAAGCAGGGGCACCUUUGGGUCACAUUAUGGGUCAUUGCUACACUGUGACGGGAAUUGAUAAGGUAAACUUCCGAGGCAAGAAAACUGAGCUGAUCAGAGUCCGAGACCCUCGGGGCUGGACCAAGUGGAGUGGGCGGUGGAGCCACAGUUCUUCUGAGUGGUGUUCUGUGGACCUUGCUGAGCAAAAGCGCCUGUGUCACCCUGCUCUGGACAAAGGAGAAUUCUGGAUGGCAUUUACAGACUUCAAGGCCCAUUUUGACAAAGUGGAGAUCUGCAACCUCACUCCUGAUGCCCUAGAGGAGGAUGCCCUCCGCAAGUGGGAAGUGACGGUCCACCAAGGAAGCUGGGUGCGGGGCACCACUGCUGGAGGCUGCCGCCAGUUCCUGGAUACCUUUUGGACCAAUCCACAGAUAAAAUUUUCCCUGACUGAGAAAGAUGAGGGGCAGGAGGAAUGCACUUUCCUUGUGGCCCUGAUGCAGAAAGAUCGAAGGAAACGCAAGAGGUUUGGAGCUGACGAGCUGAAAAUCGGCUACGCUAUUUACCAGUGCCCAAGCAAAGAUGAGCACCUGAGCAAAGACUUCUUCAGAGACCACACUCCCCAGGCCACAAGCAAAACUUUCCUCAAAGAGAGGGAAGUUUCUGACCGGUUCAAACUGCCCCCUGGGGAGUACAUCCUGAUUCCCAGCACUUCUGAGCCCCAUCAGGAAGCAGAUUUCUGCCUGAGGAUCUUUUCAAAGAAGAAGGCCAUUACCCGGGACAUGGAUGGAAAUGUAGACAUUGCCCUUCCUGAGCCUCAGAAGCCAACUUCGCCUGCUUGGGAGAAAGAGGAGGAGCAGCGGUUCCAGGCCCUGUUUGAAUAAAUCACUGGUGAGGACAUGGAGGUGACAGCAGAAAAACCCAAAUAUGUUUUAGAUGCUGUGCUGCAAAAGAGUCAGUGUUCCCACCCACCACCCCUCAGAAAUCCCCCGGGCUCCCAUGGAAUAGUGGACACAUGA